ACCACAACAGCAGCCUCCUGCAGCGAGGGACUCAUGAGAUAGACAGUGAGAAGUGAGAAGAGAUGUGGAGGUGGGCGUGGUGAGCCGGUGAUCUGGAGGUGUUUAAAGUACAGAUGGUGAAGGAGACUCAGGAGCUUGUUCUACCUCUACAGGAUACCUGAUCCUCUGGAUAGACAUCUGAAGCGUUUAGGUUUUCAGCUUUGUGGGUUUUUUAUAUAUAAAACCUCUAUGGAUUUCUCCUCCGUCUUCUUCCUCAGUGCCAUUCUGAUAAUGGAGCAAAAAGGCUUCACAGCAUCCCUGCAAGUCCCUGUGUCUCACACACGAAGAGGCUUACCCCCGCAGCUCGGCCACAAGGCUCAGCAUCGCGAGAAACGCUGCUCCUGUGAAAACCUGAAGGACAGGGAGUGUGUGUACUUCUGCCACAUUGGGAUUGUUUGGGUCAACACACCCAGUCAAGUGAUUCCAUAUGGCGUCGGUUUCUUCCAAAUGCGCCGAAGACGACACGUGGAACGAUGCUUUUGCACAAACAAGAGAGAUACAGAGUGCAUGAAGUUCUGCUCCCACAGAGGUGAAAAUACAACCCUGAGGUCCUCUCCAAGAAUAUUCAAAGAACAAUCUAAAGCCAAAGUGAAACAGAGGAGAUACAGAUCCUGAGGAAUUGUGAGGAAUAUGAAGAAAACUGUAUAUGUUUGCACUCUUUACAACUCAACCACUACUGCUCAGGUUCUCUACCAGAUGGGGUCUCCAGCUGUUAUUAUGGAGCUGUAGGAGGAUGAACAUGACUUCUAUUUUGAAAUAAAAACUAAAACUGCUUCUUAAAGGGAAAGGAAUAUAGGCUAGGCUAUAUAUUUAAUUCGGAGCACCUCUUCCACCCCUUUAACACCAGACUGCAUGCAGUGUGUUCCCAUGUUCCACUAUAUGAAUGUGAGCACACUUCUCCUUGAGCUGUAUUUCUAAACAGAAAAUUGUUAUAUUACUGUAUAGAAGUGAAGAUGUGGUUGGAUUUACAAAGUG